CUGCAUCAAUAUUCAGUUUUAAAUCUUUUACAAAACUGUUUCCUGUCCUUUAUUUUGUUUUAGCAAACUGAAACUUUGGAAGAAACAAGAUAUUGAUAAGAAAAAUGGCAGAGGACUCUUUCAUCUUGACAUCUGCGAUACCAAACAAGAUAUUUUCAAAACAGAGUAAGAAAUCUGGUUCGAUAUUAGGAUAUUCUUUUCCUUCAGUGAGGUGAUCGGUCACUAACGUCCCAUUUGAAGUCGAGGUUCCCUGGAAAACUUAAAAUAUCGUAUCUGUCUCCAGACCUUCCUCCUACGUCUACCCCUAAAACAAACAAACAAAAAAAGCGCGCGCACACACACACACACACACACACACACACACACACACACACACACACACACACACACACACACACACACAAAGAAAACCAGCAUUUCCUCCCUAUUUGCUCUCUGUUGUCGUGACGUUUCUUUUGGCGCGCUCCCAUUGGACAUCCACCCCGCCCAUCUCGGUGACUGAUAGCCGUGCAGUGCCUGUCUCCUCCCCGCGGCAGCAAACACUAUUUGAGCUGGGACCAUCGGAUCGUUAUAGAGAACCGCUUCAGUGUCGUCAAUGGAAAGCGCGAGAGACGGUGGCAGCAGCGAGAGUUACGGUCCAGACUGAACCCGCAGCGGCACUAUGCUCCCCAGAUCCAGAUCCAGAUCCAGAUCCAGCUCGUGGCUUUGGAUUACGCCGUUCCUUCUCCUGUGCUGCCAUGCGGGCGGCGGGCGAGCGCAGAACGCUAAAGAAGUGAUUCUACUGGACUCGAAGGCGCAGCAGACAGAGUUGGAGUGGAUCUCCUAUCCUCCCAAUGGGUGGGAAGAGAUCAGUGGCUUGGAUGAAAACUACACACCCAUUCGUACCUACCAGGUCUGUAAAGUCAUGGAGCCCAAUCAGAACAACUGGCUUCGGACUAACUGGAUAGAGAAGGGCGAUGCCCAGAGAAUUUUUGUCGAGCUGAAGUUCACCUUGAGGGAUUGUAACAGCCUACCUGGUGUGGUGGGUGCCUGCAAGGAGACAUUCAACCUGUAUUACCAGGAAACAGAUUCCGAGGUUGGCCGGGGCUUGAGGGAGAAUCAGUAUGUGAAAAUUGAUACAAUCGCGGCAGAUGAGAGCUUCACCCAGGGAGACCUGGGCGAGAGGAAGAUGAAGCUGAAUACGGAGGUGCGCAUCAUCGGUCCACUGUCCAGGCGGGGGUUCUACCUCGCCUUCCAGGACGUCGGGGCAUGCAUCGCCCUGGUCUCUGUCAAAGUCUACUACAAGAAGUGCUGGUCGAUCAUUGAGAAUCUGGCCACCUUCCCAGACACAGUGACAGGAUCGGAGUUCUCCUCGCUGGUGGAGGUGGAAGGCAUGUGUGUGAAUGAUGCUGAGGAGGAGGCUGAUAACUCCCCCAAGAUGCACUGCAGCGCUGAAGGGGAAUGGCUCGUGCCCAUUGGGAAAUGUAUAUGCAAAGCUGGAUUUCAUCAGAAAGGAGAUGCUUGUGAGCUGAUCCAAAGCCGACUUGGUCAGCAGCAGAGCCCACUGGUUCAGAGGAAGCUGUGCUAUCCUGUUCCCCCAAACAGUCCUGACACAACGGAUAACAGAUACGGCGGCUUCUUCUGUAGCAGUAGAAGAGGAAGGGUUCAAUUGUUUUUGUGAGGCUCCAACAAUGACAUUUCAGUCAAAGAUAAUUUGCCUUUUCUGUCCUGAAAUAUUCGCAGGAUUGUUUUUUGGUAGCUACCCGGCUUGAAAGAUAAAAAUCCUUAGAAUAGAUCCAGUAGAUUAAACCGGGCCAUCUUAGGUCAUAGAACUAAAGUGGCGUGCAUCAUCAGCCAAGACCUUCUUUUUUCAAAGUGGACAACCUCAAUCUAAACCACUUAUAAGGAGCAGCAGCCAGUAAUAAGUUAACGGAAUGUGCUUUAGAACAAAUUAGCAUCCCUGGCAGAUGAGCUUUCAGCCACGCUGUCUUCCAUUAGGGACCCCUCUGAGGGAGGUGUGCUAAUGAAAUAUAUUAGGCCAUGUAAUUUAGAGCAACACAGCCUGCCUCAAGUUGUGUUAUGUCUCUAAUGUUAGCAGGCUAUCACUGAUUCAGCCCCAUGGAGCGACUUCUUAUUGUUCUUGUUGUUUUAAUAUGCAUAAGAUCCAGUCGUGCCCUCAGGUUUGAAGAAAACCUCAGAACUUCUCUCCACAGAGAGAACGCUGCAACUCAAAACUAAUCACUCCAACCACCUUUUCUUAUUGUGUCUCACUGCAAAGUCCCCACAACGGAAGCCCUUCUCUAUUAAUUAAUCUCUUUGAGGAGCAACUUAAGGAAGUACCUCUAGGUAAGGCAGCAGCACGCUGAGUUUAUCCCCGCAUUGUUUAAAUCCAUGUGAAUCAAACUCCAGCUUUGACGCUGCACCUUUAUUAGCUUUAUCUCUGCUGAGCCAUGAGACACUUCUGUAUUAAGGGGUGCUUGAUCUAAAUAAAAUGAGAAUCAUGUUGCACCAUCA